AUGUGUAGCGCAGCUCGAGCAUUUGAUUUUUUUACUGAUUUAGCCGACGAACCAACACAAUUACAGGAUGCAGUACCAGAGACAACCGAAAAAUUGGCCGAAGUAGUUUCGGAUGCAGCAACAAAUGUUACUGAUGCAGUAAGUGAUACAGCUAGUGGUAUUGGAAGUUUAGUUGGAGAAGCAGCUAGUAGUUUAGGAAAUUUAGUUGGUGAAGCAGCAAGCGGUAUAGGAAAUAUAGUUGGAGGUGCAGCAAGCGGUAUAGGAAAUAUAGUUGGAGGUGCAGCAAGCGGUAUAGGAAGUUUAGUUGGUGAUGCAGCAAGCGGUUUAGGAAAUUUAGUUGGUGAUGCAGCAGAGGCACUUGCAACUACCGAAUUAAAAGAUGUAAUACCAGAAAAUACUGAAUCCACAACUGAUUUGGUACCAUCUGAGGUAUCACCUCCAGUAGAUGAUUAUCUCGACGAUGACGGUUUUUCAAGCUUUAGAGAAUUUCUUGAAAGUACUCCUUGUUGGCAACGUAGAAUGGCUCAAGAAGCUUUACUUAAUGAAUACGAAGUAGAAUCUCCAGCCGAAUCUAUGUCCCCUAUUCUUAGAGUACAAUUUUUUGCAGAUUUUGCAAAACAAGCCGUACAUGUUGCUAAACAAAAUUAUCUCUAUGUUGUGAUAUUCCUAUUCUUUGUUAUUAACAUAUUAUUGUUCAUCAACUUUUACAACUUAGGAAAAAGAAAAGGAUAUUACCUAGCAAAAAAACAAAAAAAAGAACAAAUGCUAGAACAAAACCCAGAACAAAACCCAGAACAAAACGCACAACAAAACGCACAACAAAACGCACAACAAAACGCACAACAAAACGCACAACAAAACGCACAACAAAACGCACAACAAAACACACAACAAAACACACAACAAAAAACACAACAGAACCCACAACAAAACGCACAACAAAACACACAACAAAACACACAACAACAAUCCACAACCAAAUCCACAACAAAAACAGUUGCUAGAGAAACCUAA